CAAUGGAUGUUAAACAAUUAAUGUUUUUUUUUUUUAUUUUUUUUCUAACUCUUUAAAUGCCCCGCGUACUUGAAUCGAUGGAUUGGCGUCGCCUAGUGGCGAAGUGCUCCAUAUCACGCACAAAACAUACAAUUUUAUAUGAGUGUUUAACAUUUCUCCCCAUUUAUAACGUCACAUAGUGGAUUUUUUUUUAUAAUUUAAAAGGAUUAGAAUAAUCAAUUUACAAAAAUGUAAAAACAGUUAUAAGAAUGAUUGGAUCCUUAUAUCCUACACCCUAAGAAAAAAUACCCAUGAAUUGGUUAACGCUUUAAUAAAUUUGUUUACAAUCGAAUUGGACAGAAUUAAGAACUGAGUUAACAGCAAUAGAAUGUAGGAGUAAAGAUUUUCGAUAAUGGAUAGUCAUUCUGCAAGUGCUGUUGCUAUAUUGAGCACGAUUGGAGCUGCAACAGGUGCAUUGUCAGCUGUUAUUUUCUAUGCUGUCUGUAUAAGACGUCGGUUCCCUCUGUUUAUACCUGGUGGUGGACCUUUAAAUUGGUUUGAAAAAGACCUUCUGGAGCGAGCAAAGGAAACAGCAAAAGCAUCAACAGAAAAGUUUGCUGAACUUGGAAAAGUUGGAAAUAUCCUUGGACGUGAUCCAGUAAAUAAUGUAAAAGAUGGAAUAUUUGAUAAUAUCACUUGGCAACAGAAAAAUCAACAAUUUGAUACUAUCUCAGAAACGGCAGACAAUGAUGUACCAAAAACUCCUCUCACUCCUUUUACACCAUCCCUUCUAGAAGAUACGGUAUUUUCUUCAAAUGAACGUAUGGUUGUGGUUAAAGUACAACCAAAAAUUUCUAAUGGAUCAACUUUAAGUAGUACGGAUAGUGAUUCAGGUUACCGUAAACAAUCAUCAUGGUCAUCUUCGUCUUCACUAGAUGAAAGCGGAGGUGAAUUGCAACUAAGCUUAUUUUACGAUACUACUCGCGGUAUUCUGUCCGUUAAAUUAAUCGAGGCUCGAGAUCUCAAACCAAGAGAAUUAAGUGGAAAUGCUGAUCCUUAUGCAAAAAUACGAUUAUUACCAGAUCGAAGCAAUACAUUGCAAACUAAAGUACACAAGCGAACUUUAAAUCCUAUUUUUGAUGAAGAAUUUACAUUUGAAGUUUCAACACUUCUUGGCAAUACAUUAGAAGUCCUUCUAUAUGAUUUUGAACCAGUAUCUCAACAUCGUGCACUGGGUUACGUCCAUAUACCUUUAUCUUCUUAUAACGAAACAAAUCUUACUACUAAUCCGUUAACAUUAACGAGAAUUGUCCGGAGAUAUGGAGCUGAAGGGAGUGUUUAUCGAACAGAUCCACUUGGAGAGCUGAUGGUAUCAUUGUGUUAUGACACAGCCACCAAUAGAUUGACAGUAAUUGUUAUAAGAGCUAUCAAUCUUUUUACUGAUCGAGAGGAAGCUAAAGGAUCUGAUACUUAUGUAAAGGUAAUAAUUUUCAAAGAUGGAAAAGCAUUAAAGAAAAAACGGUCAGUUAUCUGUCACGACGCUCAAAGUCCUGUCUGGAAUGAUGUUCUAGUAUUCGAUUUUGGAGAUAGUGAAAUUCUGCCUAUGAGCACGAUAGAAUUUUCAGUAAUAAGAACGAGUGGCCAAGUUUUAGCUCGAUGUCAAGUUUCUCGCAAGUGUCAGAAAGAUCUUUUCCAAAGAGUAUUAUCAGGGGUGGGUGCCUCAGUCCAAUGGAUUCCAUUGGCCAGAGACAUACCUGAAGCUGAUUCUGUAGAAGCUUAGUAAAGUAGAUGUAUUGUAGAUCAGUGACGUAAAGAUAUUGAAAAGAUAUUUUCACACCUUUCAACUGAAAAAUGUAGGAAUUGAUGUCUGUUUUUGUUUUGCUUUGAAUUUUAAUCAAAGUUCUUUCAGUAUUCUAGAUAUUUUACCAAAGAGUUUGCAUUUAUUAAUUGUUGUUUUGUACGUU